GCGCCUGCGCACUGCGGUUUGUGAGCCGCAGUCUCCAGAGCGCUAAGGUGUUUCGGUCGCUUGCGGCCAGCCUCGCCUCCAAACCCGGUGUUGUUGGACUGCAUCCGGAGCGGGGACAUUGGCGGACCACAAGACGCGGCCACCAUGCCGAUCAAUAAAUCGGAGAAGCCAGAAAGCUGCGACAAUGUGAAGGUAGUUGUCAGAUGCCGACCUCUCAACGAGAGAGAGAAAUCAAUGUGCUACAGACAGGCCGUCAGCGUGGAUGAAAUGCGGGGGACUAUCACCGUCCAUAAGACCGACUCUUCCAACGAACCUCCGAAGACAUUUACUUUUGAUACUGUUUUUGGACCAGAGAGUAAACAACUUGAUGUAUAUAACUUGACUGCAAGACCAAUUAUUGAUUCUGUCCUGGAAGGCUACAAUGGGACCAUUUUUGCAUAUGGACAGACUGGGACAGGCAAGACUUUCACCAUGGAAGGUGUUCGCGCAGUGCCGGGGCUCAGAGGGGUCAUCCCCAACUCAUUUGCUCACAUAUUUGGUCAUAUCGCAAAAGCAGAAGGCGACACGAGGUUUCUGGUUCGAGUGUCAUACUUAGAGAUAUAUAAUGAAGAAGUCCGAGACCUUCUGGGUAAAGAUCAGACACAGAGGUUGGAGGUUAAAGAAAGGCCUGACGUGGGAGUAUAUAUCAAAGAUUUAUCAGCAUAUGUAGUCAACAAUGCUGACGACAUGGAUAGAAUCAUGACUCUGGGCCACAAAAACCGUUCCGUUGGUGCAACCAAUAUGAACGAGCACAGUUCCCGAUCGCACGCCAUCUUCACAAUUACAAUCGAGUGUAGCGAGAAAGGCGUGGAUGGAAACAUGCAUGUCAGGAUGGGGAAGCUCCACCUUGUGGAUCUUGCUGGGUCAGAAAGACAAGCAAAAACUGGAGCCACAGGGCAGCGCCUCAAAGAAGCUACCAAAAUCAACCUUUCAUUGUCUACCCUGGGCAAUGUCAUUUCUGCCUUGGUAGAUGGAAAAAGCACUCAUGUGCCAUAUCGGAACUCUAAACUGACACGUCUCCUGCAGGAUUCCUUAGGAGGGAACUCAAAAACCAUGAUGUGUGCAAAUAUUGGGCCAGCAGAUUAUAAUUAUGAUGAAACCAUCAGUACCUUGCGGUAUGCCAACCGCGCCAAGAACAUUAAAAACAAAGCUAGAAUUAAUGAAGACCCAAAGGACGCUCUGCUUCGCCAGUUUCAGAAAGAAAUAGAAGAGCUGAAGAAAAAGCUUGAGGAAGGGGAAGAAGUAUCAGGCUCUGACAUCAGUGGGUCAGAGGAGGAUGACAACGAGGAGGGUGAACUUGGAGAAGAUGGAGAAAAAAGGAAAAAGAGAAGGGGCAGUAGCAGCAGCAGUAGCUCAGACUCCACAUGUUCUGUCAUAGAGAAGCCCCUGGAUGAGUUCUUGCCUCACCAAGCAGGUAAAAAGAAAGUUUCCCCAGAUAAGAUGGUGGAAAUGCAAGCGAAAAUUGAUGAGGAGAGAAAAGCACUGGAAACCAAACUCGACAUGGAGGAAGAAGAAAGAAACAAGGCCAGAGCUGAGCUGGAGCGACGGGAGAAGGACCUUCUGAAAGCCCAACAAGAGCAUCAGUCUUUGCUGGAAAAACUGUCUGCACUGGAGAAGAAGGUGAUUGUCGGUGGUGUGGACUUGUUGGCCAAAGCUGAGGAGCAAGAGAAGCUUCUCGAGGAGUCCAAUAUGGAGCUGGAGGAGCGGAGGAAAAGAGCUGAGCAACUUCGGAAAGAACUAGAGGAAAAAGAGCAAGAACGUUUGGACAUCGAGGAAAAAUAUACCAGUCUGCAAGAGGAGGCACAAGGAAAGACCAAGAAAUUAAAGAAAGUCUGGACCAUGCUGAUGGCUGCAAAGUCAGAGAUGGCUGAUCUCCAGCAAGAGCAUCAGAGGGAAAUUGAAGGCCUCCUGGAGAACAUUCGGCAGCUCAGCCGUGAGCUCCGACUUCAGAUGCUCAUCAUUGAUAACUUCAUACCUCAGGACUACCAGGAAAUGAUUGAAAACUACGUCCACUGGAAUGAAGACAUAGGAGAAUGGCAGCUGAAAUGUGUGGCCUACACAGGAAAUAACAUGAGGAAACAAACUCCAGUCCCUGACAAGAAGGAGAGAGACCCAUUUGAAGUAGACCUUUCCCACGUGUACCUCGCCUAUACAGAGGAGAGUUUGCGUCAGUCUCUGAUGAAGUUAGAAAGGCCACGGACCUCCAAGGGAAAGGCCAGGCCAAAGACGGGGAGAAGAAAGCGUUCUGCAAAGCCUGAGACCGUAAUUGAUUCUUUACUUCAGUAAAUGUUACAGAAUUAAAGUUACAAUAAUAAUAAUAAAAAAAAGUGAUAUUCUCAUGCCU